CCCGCACGAACGAACGAGGGAAACUGUCUAACAGCGUUGUCGAGAUCGCCGUUUCUUGUCGAGAAUUCGUCAUUUAUGUCUUAUCGAGACAAUCAGAGGAAACUAGGCGUUUAAUCGGAUAUAAGGACGCAGCGCAGCUUAGUCGAGUAUGAGACGUAAGAGUGAAAGAAACAAAACGAAGGGAUCUCCAGAGAAGAAAGUUGAGAAACCAACAAGAAAGUCAACGCGUAGGCGUGGCAAGAGAUCACCUUCUACUUCAUCUGAGCAAGACCCUUUUAUCGAGGAUGUGGCUAAAAGUGCCAUUCAACUUAAGGAGAUUGAAAAAGAGACAAGUGUACAAACGCGUCUGCAGAGCAAGGAAUUAGAGCAAAUACCCGUAAAUAAGCAAGAGGAAAAAGUUUCUUCUACUGAUGUAGACAUAAAGGUGGAUUCACCUGAAGACGAAGAGGACAAUGGUGGCUCGGUGUGGAAAGUAGCUAGAGCGGAUGCAUCACCUGGUGAGAUACAGAAGCUGAAAUUAUGCAGGCAGCGCAACACAUCAGAACCAUCAUUAGAUGCACCACCAUCGAGUAGGAAAAGCGUCAAGUCAAGUAGCAAGUGGCAAGAAAGUGGUGAGGGCGUUGCAGAGGAGGCUGACUCGGCGGAUGAGCAACUGGUUUCUUGUACAAGAACGCUCAGUAGCACUGAACAGCCGAACGAUCCCUCCUCUUCAUACCCAGGUCAGGACUCCAACGAAGAGGUAAGUGAUAGCAAGGAGAUCCUGCCUGAAACCACUUCAGCCAACUUGUUGUCUGAUGAUAAACCAAACAUAGAUCAGCAUGGCGAAUCAAAUGAGGCAAAUUGCACUGCCCAAAUAGUUGAUAUCGAACCUGGUAAGCCGGGUAGCAUGACAUCGUCUCCAGUACCAGCUCCGAGCGCAAACAGUGAGGAAAUUGUCACCACUAUCAUCGUUAAGGAAGAUAAGCCUGUGGAAAACAUCAGUGAAAAGCCAACGGAGACAUUUGUCAAAGAGACUAAUGUGGAAAAUAUGAAAAAUGUUCGAAAAGAUAUGAAUAGUGAUGAUGAGGAGGAAGAGGAGGAGGAGGAGGGGGAGGAGGAUAAAGCAAAAACGAAUCGUCCGGUAGACUCAUCAUCUGAUUCAAAUGACGAAAUGUGUUCUAAAAGAAGUAGAACAAGUAGUGAUCGAACGUCGUCACAUGCGAUUCGUAGAAAACAUCGAAACAAAUAUAGAGAUUCGUCUAAUUCAGAUACACCUGAUUCUGAAGAUGAACCUAUUGACAGGAAGAUCUCUGAAUCUUAUGUGGAGGAGGAAGAAGAAGAGCAGCAAAAGAGAAAGCCAAGUACAGAAUAUUUGCAAGAAAAUGAUAAACAACAAUCAGUGUCGCCGGAAAGAACAAAUUCUCAUUCAAAUAAUAUAGAAAAAAUAGAGAUCGACGAGCACAGUGAAACUGUUGAAAAUAAAUUGGAAAAAAAUCCAACUGAAAAAUUAGAACAGUCUACACCAGCUAACACACAGGUGAUCACUCACAAGCCUGUUAAAGUCAACUUGAAAAGAUCAUUCUCAACAAGAAUAUUAUCUGAAAAGAAUGAAACAAAAAGAGACGAUGCUGAUGCAAGCAUCAAUGAGUCCAGUAGUCAAAAUAAGGAAAAUGGUAAUGAACAAGAACCAAAAUGUGUGCCGAGGAAACGUCGAUGGGGAACCGCACUUUCUACGGAUACCGCACCCUCGUUUUCUAUCUCUACCGAUUCGCUUAAGGCAUUGGUGCCAGGUGCAAAGCCAUUAUCUAUCAACGAAGUUCGUCUUUCAAAAGACGAUGAUGAGGACAGAGAUCGACAUAGAAAUAACGAUAAACGGCACAAUUCUAAUGAUAUUACAUAUGAUAAGGCAACAGAUGAAAACUUGCAAAAAAAUGGCGCUGCUAAAAAGGGCAAUGGAAAAGUAGAUAAUCACAUCGGUAAAUUGACAAGGCGAAAGAUAUCAAUAGUGAAGGAAAUACCGCACAUAAAAUCGCCAAGUCCACCAACAUCUAAACCUACCAAUAUCCUUUUGAUCAAGAAUCUUGUUCGCCCUUUCACACUAAAUCAGAUCAAAGAACUUCUCUCACGUACUGGCACCAUCGUAGAGAACGGAUUCUGGAUGGAUCGGAUUAAGUCUAAAUGCAUUGUUGAAUAUUCUAAUGAGGAUCAGGCUUUUGAGACAAGGCAGGCACUUCACGGGAUUUCUUGGCCUAUGUCUAAUCCAAAAAAGCUCCAUGUAGAAUAUGCUACGAAGGAGGAUAUGGAGACUGCUCGGGAAUUGUCCAAGGAACAACCGGUUGCUCGCAAAACUGAGCCACUCACGUCGGAUUUGUGGCAACAAGAUUGGAGUCGUGAUGAAAAGACUAAUACUAAAGUGACCGUGGUGAGGGAGUGGGAUUUAGGUAAAGAGGACGGCCAGCAACAUAUUAGGGAGAAAGAGCGUGAAAAGAAGGAGCAUGAUAAAAAACGACGAGUGAGGAGUCGCAGCCCUAUAUUGGACGCACAUUUAUCGGCACCGGCUCGCAAAUUCAAGAAGAAAGAGGAUGAUCCGCCACCGGCAAAGCUUUUGGAUGAUCUCUUUAGGAAGACAAAGGCGACACCUUGCAUAUAUUGGUUGCCGCUUACGAAUGAACAGAUAGUCGUGAAGGAGGAGAUGCGACGACAACAUAUGGCGGAACACGCGCGCAGAUUAGAAGAGAUGAGACGUGCCGAUAGAAAUAGGGACGGCCGACGUCGACGUAGUCCGAGAAAAUAAGAGAUCAGCGUAUAUCAUCAGCAACAUUAAAUGUAUUCCUCCCUUCUCCUGAUCCCCCCCUUUGUCCUGAAUUUAAUUUUCCUUUAUUCCACUUCACUCAGUUUUUUUA